AUAUCCAAAGCGUAUUAUUUAAGUGGUUGUUAUGUAUACAGUGUAUAGCUUCAUAGGGUGUUUUUUUCCCCGGAGGGUCUCGGAUGUCGCUGUCUGUAUGAAUCGGACUGCGGGAUCGGUUUCACUCUUUGUCGGCUCUGAAUGGGGCGGAGGAAGCGGACCCAUUAGGGGACUAUAAAAGAGCCGCUUUGAGCUGUUUAUACACCGGUCGCAUGCACAGGACCGCAUUUUCAGUCCCAAUUUCUGAUUCAAUUAAUAAGAUAUAAAUCAGACAGUCGCUCAGAUCCUCCACGGUGCGAAGACGCCUGCCAUGCCCAUCACGGCGUGGGCUCACUGUUCCUGGCUUGUCCCGCUUCUUCUUGCCCUUGUGUGGAUGGUGGAGGUGGGAGCCAAAGCCAACGCCAUCCGGCCAGCCAGACCGGGGGAGUCUGCAGCCGUGCCGAUGGAGCGCACAGCCGGACCCACGGCCACCGGCUUCAGGAAGGGGAACAGCCCUGUCCAGGUAAAAGGGGUCCGGGUUGAUGAACGUGUCCGCAAUUAAUCACGGGAAGAGGAACAGCCCUGUCCAGGUAAAGGAGGUCCGGGGUUAUGAAUCUGUCCGCAAUUAAUCACGGGAAGGAGAACAGCUCUGUCCAGGUGCAGCCCUGCGGUAGUGAUAAGGAGUGUGGCGUGGGAAGUUACUGCCAUGCCCCCCCGCAGGGCCCCGCCCGCUGUGCUGCCUGCCGCAGGAGGAGGAAACGCUGCUACAGCGAUGGCAUGUGCUGCCCCGGAAGCCACUGCAGCCACAAUAUCUGCAUUGCCAUCUCGGAGAGCACCCUGUCUUCCCAAAUCACAGCACCGGAAGAUCAUAACAAGUAUUCAACUAAAGGGAGCAUCUGGAAAAAGACCAGAAGAGUGAAGAUUUCCUUUGCCAAAGGCCACGAGGGCGACCCCUGCCUGCGCUCCUCGGACUGCGCAGACGGGUACUGCUGCGCCCGCCACUUCUGGAGCAAGAUGUGCAAGCCGGUGCUGCGGCAGGGUGAGGUUUGCACACGCCAGCGCAGGAAGGGCUCCCACGGCCUUGAGCUCUUCCAGCGCUGCGACUGCGCCAGGAACCUCACCUGCGCGCCCUGGAAUGACGUCGCCGCCGACUCCCGCUCACGGCUGCAUGUUUGCCAGCGGCCAUGACGGCCAAGAGGGGGCGACGGGGAGCUCCGGGGUCUGGACGUGCCACCAGGUUGGAGCCAGGGGUGAGGUGAGGAGGUGGGGGAGGUGGAGAGCCUGACUGAGGAGCGGUGAAGCCCAGCUGAGCUGGCCAACGGCCUCCGUGCCUCAAGGAGAACAGACACGUUAUGCAGUGUGUGUGCCGAGCAGUCAUGGGAACAGGCUUGCGUGAAAACUGUCGCAUUCACAUGUUCACACGCUAAGUCUCACAUGUUGAGCUGCAUGCCAGGACACUGCGUGUGGUGCUGAGGGACUGGCAGCGGCUAGGAUUUCCAGAAACCCCACGCAAGGACAGCCACCGUAUGGCCAUGGGGAGGCGCCACACGGCACCACGCUACAUGUUCCAGCAGAUGCCCGCAGCGGACAACUCCAGCUUUCACAGACAACACGCCGUAUCGAUAUCGGUCAGACAGUGAAUCACAGAAUGGGAGGAUCUGUUUAGAAUGAUUUAAUGUCCUACUGGGGACCUUUAUCUGGCCAAGCUGGGGGCACCAUGUGCGGUUGUUCUGGUACAUUCUAUAGCCGUGUUACUUCUCAUCAUUGGAGUAUAACAGAGAUGAAUCUCAGAAGAGCCAGCGUCAGCAGCAUCUGUGCAUGAUUGGGGGGCCGGGGGGAGUGUUGGGGAACUGUGAAACAAAUGUAAUUAAAAAUUAUUUAUAAAAACAGUCAUAUUGCUUUUGUUACUAAGUAUUUCAUUGAUACAUGAAGGACCAGGACCUUUUCAUUUUACAUAAUGUGGCAAAUGUAUGGUUUGAGUCAUUAAAAUGUCGUCUAUUGCAGGUACAGGAACCGAUAUCAGAGAAACAUUCUUUUAACUAUUUUAACCAUUCAACAGAUAUUUUAGUGACUUCAGUUAUGGUUGUUACCUAUUCUUAAAAUAAAAUUGCCCAGAUUCCCUUGUUAAACAUUAUUAUUGAAUAUGAGGGCAUUUGCAUAUAAUUGCUUAAAUAUGAGCUGACAAUUGUUUGAAAUUAUACUGAGCUUUAAUUUUCCCGUUAAUGAGACAUUGGAAAUGAUUAUUUAGGUCUUAAAGUGAUCAAAUAUGCUUUAAUAUUUAACAAUUACUUUUUUCCAAACAGUACAAACAUUUUAUAUAGUUAUAUUCAGUUUUCUGUUACUUUAAAAGUAUUUAAAAAAUGUAUUAAACAUUUCAUCUCAUAUGACUUGAUUUAUUAUUAUUACUAUUAUUAUUAUCACAGUAGAGAGCUUCUUUACUAUAAAUGUUCUGUGAUUUCAGUGAUUCUCACAGAACAAGAAUGUUAAUUUUGCAUUUCUGCAUAUAAGAGGUUUGCUUAAAAAUGUGGCACAAAAAGAUUUUUUUAUUUGAACAGAACAACAAUUAUUCAAGAGGAAAUUAUUU